CCGGAUGUCAUCAUAUAAAUGAUCACGCAAUGGGCGCUUGUGGAUUAGCUCUCUUUCUUUAUUUUUUUUGAUCAAUGACCUCAAGCUCCCACUAUCGAGUACCAAGCGAUCCUUCCUCGCGCCAGUCUGAAGUGCGAGACGAAAGAUCUUCUAGUGGACAAGUAACAGAAAGAAGUUCUCACGGGUCACUUGCAUACGAUCCGGUGUUUUCUUUGAAUGGUGAAUCUGUCGGUUCCGCAUUCACACCGCAGUCCUUGAAGCGACCUGUGUAUUGUAAUACGCCAACCUAUACUCUUGACGCUUGCAGCCAUUCUUACCAGAGAGUGACAGUAACCCCUGCUAGUAAUUAUCGCCGCCCAUUGUCUCCGAGGACAUUGUACGAGAAAACGUUAUUGGCAAAUAAUCAUCAAAACUGUCCUUACUGGACAAAGGUGAAACGCCAGGCGAAUAAUCGGAUGCUCUAUUUCCGCCAUUUGCCAGCGGCUCACAGUAAUGCCAUGAAAGAACAUGCUUCCAUUGCAUCGGCCACCGAACGUGCAUCCUCAACCUUUCGUGGCAUCAAGAGCGUCGGCAUCGAAGGGAUACACAGCCCGUACUGUGGAUGCAGAAACACGUUGUGAUGC